GUCCUUUCCUCACAUUCAUCCUCUCAUUCCCUCCCGGAGCGCAGAUCAGCGGUGGAGCAUCAGCCUCCUGUCCUGCCCUCCUCUCCAUCUCUGUCUGUCCCUCGCGCGCGCGCCGCCCGCCUCCCUCCGCUCGCACUCCGCCGCAGCAGCCUCAGCACCUUCAGUCGAGCAGGAGCACCGCACUGAGUCACAUCUCUCGGCACACACGCUCCCAACACGCGCACGCACGGGCACGCACUCAGACGCAGCCUCCUGCAGUAUCCCACACGGCGCAGCGGCUUUUCCAGCGGCAUACCAAGUGCGUCCUCGCCGGGAGAUGGGAGGAGCAGUUCCCGGGUGUCAGAGCACUCAGAGCGGCUGAACGGUCUCGUUGGUUGGGGGAUGCUCCUGGAAGUCUGCUGCUGCACGUUAUUUUCCCCCCUGUGCAGGAAUCGCCUUUUGACUGCACGUCGACAGAGGAUUUAAGUGGACAAGUCUGGAUUUAACAUUUUUCUGAAGAUUGUGGUUCUGGAGUUGGGAUUGCAGUGGACGUAGUAGUACCUCUUUCCGCAGUGUGGAUGCGGCUGUGCCUGCUGUCUGCAGUUAUUACAGGUACAUGAUGCUCUUCAUUGCAAGAGAAGCUUGAUCCUGACUGUCACCGGUACUGGACUGUGCCUCUGCCCUUCUUCUCACUAAUCCAACCAUCAGCACAGUCAUGUCAUCCCUCACAAGGAUAAGGACCUCUUUUUCUGUAUGCUGCUUCCUGUUUAGUUUGGUGCUUCCUGUGACAUCACAAACAGUAGUGCAGGCUCCGCAGGCACAGAGUGCCAGCUCACAAGUGAUCACUGCAGUCCUCCAGGAGGAGGAGGAGGAGUAUGCAUCAUUUCAUGCUGAGAACCCCGAGUGGACAUUUAACCAUCUUGCUGUGGACUAUCGCAAUGGCAAUGUUUAUUUAGGGGCUGUCAACCGCAUCUACAAACUGUCUCCUGGCUUGGAUGUCCAGGUGUUCCAUGUGACUGGUCCCGAGGAAGACAACCGCAAGUGCUAUCCACCACGCAUUGUCCAGCCCUGCAAUGAGCCGCUUACACUCACAAACAAUGUAAACAAGAUGCUUUUGAUGGACUAUAAAGAAAACAGGUUACUGGCCUGUGGCAGCCUCUAUCAGGGUAUCUGCAAACUGCUUCGCUUAGAUGACCUCUUCAAACUAGGAGAGCCCUUCCACAAGAAAGAGCACUACCUCUCUGGUGUAAAUGAGAGCGGCUCUGUGUUUGGAGUCAUUGUUUCUUAUGGUAAUGCAUCUCCAGACAUGCUGUUUGUAGCCACAGCAGUUGAUGGGAAACCAGAGUAUUUCCCCACAAUUUCAAGUCGAAAGUUAGCCAGAAACUCAGAGGAGGAUGGCAUGUUUGCGUACGUCUUCCACGAUGAGUUUGUGGCCUCUAUGAUUAAGAUCCCCUCGGACACUUUCACCGUCAUCCCAGAUUUUGACAUAUACUACAUUUAUGGCUUUGCAAGUGGCAACUUUGUAUACUUUCUAACUCUGCAGCCUGAAAUGGGAGGUGGGCCUACCACUGGGUCCUCCUCUGCUGGUAGGGAACAGGUUUACACAUCAAAAAUAGUCCGUCUCUGCAAGGCAGACACUGCAUUCAACUCAUAUGUUGAGGUGCCUAUCGGAUGCAUCAGUGGCAAUGUGGAGUACCGCUUACUGGAGGCAGCCUAUCUAUCAAAGGCUGGUGCUAUCCUGGCACGGUCAUUAGAUGUGACGCCGGAUGAUGAUGUGCUGUUCGCCGUUUUCUCAAAAGGCCAGAAGAGGCGUCCAAGGCAGGCCUCCCAGGACUCUGCGCUUUGUGUUUUCUCUCUCCGAAAGAUCAAUGAGAAAAUCAAGGAAAGGCUUCAGUCUUGCUAUAAGGGUGAGGGCACACUGGACUUGGCCUGGCUGAAAGUCAAAGACAUUCCCUGCAGCAGUGCGCUUUUGACCAUUGAUGAUGACUUUUGUGGCCUUGACAUGAAUGCACCACUGGGCGUGUCUGAGAUGGUUCGAGGCAAGCCUGUCUUUUCUGAUGCUACUGACAAAAUGACGUCUGUCAUCGCCUACGUCUACAAGAACCACUCACUGGUCUUCGUGGGUACAAAGAGUGGAAAAAUCAAGAAGAUUCGGGUCGAUGGCUCCUCACGUGCUCAUCGAUAUGAGACUGUGCAAGCUGUGGAGAGUGGACCCAUCCAGAGAGACAUGGCCUUCUCAUCGGACCAUCACUACCUCUACGUCAUGUCCCACACCCAGCUGUCAAGAGUACCUGUGGAGGCCUGUGGACAAUACUCAACCUGCAGUGAAUGUCUUGGAUCAGGAGAUCCUCACUGUGGCUGGUGUGUCCUACAUAACAUGUGUGCCAGAAAGGAGAAAUGUGAGCGAUCAUCAGAACCACGGCGCUUUGCUUCAGAUAUCAAGCAAUGUGUGCGUCUCAGUGUCCACCCGAACAAUAUAUCUGUGUCCCAAUUUAGUGUCACGCUGGUACUGGAAGCCCAUAAUGUCCCCGAGCUCUCAGCUGGUGUCAACUGUACCUUUCAAAACCUUGCUGAGAUGAACGGAUUGGUGGAAGGAAACCGGAUCAAGUGUUACAGCCCAGCUGAAAGAGAAAUGCCUCGGAUUAUCGUUGACAAAGGUGACCACCAGAUUGUGCAGCUCUUUCUCAAGUCUAAAGAGACCGGAUUGGCAUUUGCAAAUACCAGUUUUGUUUUCUACAACUGCAGUGUGCACAAAUCGUGUGUGUCAUGUGUGAGCAGUCCCUACCAGUGCCACUGGUGUAAGUACAGGCACGUCUGCACCCACGAUCCUAGCACAUGUUCCUUCCAGGAAGGGCGGGUCAAGAACCCUGAGGGAUGUCCUCAGCUUCUGCCUGCAGAUCGAAUUCUGGUGCCAGUCAAUGUAGUGAAGCCAAUCACCCUCCGAGCGAAGAAUCUCCCCCAGCCCCAGUCUGGACAGAAGGGUUAUGAGUGUGUGUUAACCAUCCAAGGAAAUGAACAUCGGGUUCCUGCUCUCCGCUAUAACAGCUCCUCAGUACAGUGUCAAAACACAUCGUAUUUCUACGAUGGGAUGGAGAUGAGCAGUCUUCCCGUAGAGCUGACCGUCAUCUGGAAUGGAGAUUUCUGCAUUGACAACCCUGCCCACAAUAAAGUCCACCUUUACAAGUGUGACGCCCAGCGUGGAAGUUGUGGUUUGUGUCUAAAGGCAGACCCGCUGUUUGGGUGCGUUUGGUGUAAAGGAGAGAACCGCUGCACCCUGAAGCAAGACUGCCCCCACCCCGAGAACCAGUGGUUGGAGCCCAACGGCAUCAACAGCAAGUGCACCCACCCACGGAUCACACAGAUCACCCCCCUCCGGGGUCCCAGAGACGGCGGCACGCUUGUGACUAUCCGUGGUGAAAACCUGGGACUGGACUUCAGAGAGAUUCAGGGGAACGUCAAAGUGGCUGAGGUGAACUGCACACCUAUUCGUGAGGGCUACAUCCCUGCAGAGCAGAUUGUGUGCGAGAUGGGUAAAGCUGAAAUGAGCCAGUAUACUGGAAACGUAAAGGUCUGUGUUGGGGUUGGACCCUGUCGACCUGAGUUUACGGCAAAAUCCCUCAAGUACUACUACUUUGUGAUUCCACGGAUUACAACCCUAAAGCCGAACCGAGGCCCGAUCUCUGGAGGAACGAUUGUAAACAUCACUGGCAGCCACUUCGAUGCUGGGAGCAGUGUAUCAGUCGUGUUCAAGGACCAGCCUUGCACUUAUCUGAAGAGAGGAGGCCAGUGGCUCACAUGCCGAACCCAUGCCUCCCUGCACGGCUAUGGAAACGUGUCGGUGUCUGUGAGCAUAGAUAAGGCCAAACUCCAGAAAGACCUGCAGUUUGAAUACGUGGAGGAUCCCUCCAUCACCAAGAUUGAGCCAGAGUGGAGCAUAUUCAGCGGACAUACUCCUGUGACGGUGACAGGAACCAAUUUGGACAUAAUCCAGACUCCCCUCAUCAGAGCCAAAUACAACGGACAUGAGACUCUGAAUUUGUGUGAAGUGCUGAACCCUACCACCAUGCUGUGCCAGGCCCCAGAGCUGCCCAUCAGCUUUGCUAGGCACCAGGAAGUACCUGAAAAACCUGAUGAGUUUGGCUUUAAACUGGAUGAUGUACAGUCUCUGAUGGCUCUGAACAAUACCAACUUCAUCUAUUACCCAAACCCAGAAUUUGAACCUCUCAGUGCCUCUGGGGUUCUGGAGCUAAAACCUGGAUCCCCUAUUAUACUAAAAGGGCGUAACUUCCUUCCACCUACCAAUAGUGGGAAUGGCAAGCUGAACUACACAGUUCUGAUUGGAGAGAAACCCUGCAUGCUGACAGUGUCAGAAACCCAGCUUCUUUGUGAAUCCCCUAACCUGACUGGCCGGCACAAAGUCCUAGCACGAGUCGGUGGUAUCGAGUUUUCCCCAGGUGUGGUACACAUCACGUCCGACAGUCCACUCAGCAGCACAGCAAUCAUUGGCAUCACUGCAGCUGGUGUUCUGCUCAUCUUUUUCAUUGUGGUGAUGCUCAUCGCCUAUAAACGCAAGUCCCGUGAGAGCGACCUGACACUGAAGAGACUGCAGAUGCAGAUGGAUAACCUUGAGUCACGUGUGGCCCUGGAGUGCAAGGAAGCUUUUGCAGAGCUGCAGACAGAUAUCCAUGAGCUGACCAGUGAUCUGGAUGGAGCAGGUAUACCUUUCUUGGACUAUAGGACCUACACCAUGAGGGUUCUUUUCCCAGGCAUUGAGGAACAUCCAGUACUGAGAGAUCUGGAGGUGCCAGGCUACCGUCAGGAACAAGUGGAGAAGGGGCUGAAGCUCUUUGGCCAGCUCAUUAACAACAAAAUCUUCCUGCUGUGUUUUAUCCGUACCCUGGAAGCCCAGCGUGGCUUCUCAAUGAGGGACCGUGGCAAUGUAGCCUCACUGAUCAUGACAGUGCUGCAGAGCAAGUUGGAAUAUGCCACUGAUGUCCUGAAGCACCUGCUGUCUGACCUCAUAGACCGCAACCUUGAGAGCAAAAAUCAUCCCAAACUGCUGCUUCGCAGGACUGAAUCUGUUGCAGAGAAAAUGCUGACCAACUGGUUUACCUUCCUCCUAUACAAGUUUCUAAAGGAGUGUGCAGGAGAGCCGCUUUUCUCUCUCUUCUGUGCCAUCAAGCAGCAGAUGGAGAAAGGCCCCAUUGACUCCAUCACAGGAGAGGCUCGCUACUCGCUCAGUGAGGACAAACUCAUCAGACAACAGAUUGACUACAAGACACUGGUGGUGAACUGUAUACACCCUGAGAACGAAAAAAGCCCAGAGAUCCAGGUUAAGGUGCUGAACUGUGACACCAUCAGCCAGGUGAAGGAAAAGAUACUGGAUGCCAUUUACAAGAAUGUUCCUUAUUCACACCGCCUGAAAUCAUCGGACAUGGACUUAGAGUGGCGUCAAAGUCGAGGACAGCGGAUGAUCCUGCAGGACGAAGACAUCACCACUAAGAUUGAAGCUGACUGGAAGAGGCUGAACAUUCUUUGCCAUUAUCAGGUACCUGAUAAUGCAGUGAUGGCUCUAGUACCCAAGCAAGUUACAGCAUACAACUCAGUAAACAACUCCACUGUGUCACGGACCUCUGCAAGUAAAUACGAAAACAUGAUAAAGUACACUGGAAGCCCCGACAGUCUGCGCUCCCGCACACCGAUGAUCACUCCUGACCUGGAGAGCGGGGUGAAGGUCUGGCACUUGGUCAAGAACCAUGAGCAUGGAGACCAGAAGGAAGGAGACCGUGGCAGCAAGAUGGUCUCUGAGAUCUACCUGACACGGCUUCUGGCUACAAAGGGGACGCUGCAAAAGUUUGUGGAUGACCUGUUUGAGACCAUCUUCAGCACUGCCCAUCGAGGCAGUGCUCUUCCCCUGGCUAUUAAAUACAUGUUUGACUUCCUGGAUGAGCAGGCUGACAAACACAGCAUCCACGACCCACAUGUGCGACACACAUGGAAGAGCAACUGCCUACCUCUACGUUUUUGGGUGAAUGUGAUCAAGAACCCCCAAUUUGUGUUUGAUAUCCACAAAAGCAGCAUCACAGAUGCCUGUCUGUCUGUGGUGGCCCAGACCUUCAUGGACUCCUGCUCCACCUCAGAACACCGCCUUGGGAAAGAUUCACCCUCCAACAAGCUGCUUUAUGCCAAGGACAUCCCCAGUUACAAAAGCUGGGUGGAAAGGUACUACUCAGACAUUAAUAGGAUGCCAGCUAUCAGUGACCAGGAUAUGAACGCCUACUUAGCUGAACAGUCAAGGAUGCACAUGAAUGAGUUCAACUCCAUGAGCUCUCUAAGUGAGAUUUACUCCUACGUGGGGAAAUACACUGAAGAGAUUGUGUGUGCACUGGAGCAGGACGAUGCAGCCAGAAAACAGAGGUUGGCCUUUAAGCUGGAGCAGGUGGUGGCCUUCAUGAGCCUGGAGAGCUGAGGAUCGCAUUUCCCAGGAUGCACUGGGAAGAGACCCCAUCAGAAACCGAGCCGUGCCUGAGCAAAGACCUGUCCCCAUCUUUUUCAUCAUGUGACUUCCUCCUUCAGCUUUUUAGAGACUUCUUCCUUUACCCCUUUUUCUGCUUCCUCUUUGAAGAGACCUUUUUCCCCUCAUUCACUCUGCUGCAAAGACUAGUUUACCUGAAUAUGUGAGGGGUGGUCUGCAGCUAAGGUUGGUGUCUCCCACCGUGCAAAGUGGGGCAUCACUCAGCUUCACCACAGGGAGUGAUUGCUUGAGAGCUGGCCAUAUUGGCAUUCUUCAUUCCCCAGCUGGAAGAGGGAAGAAACAUUUUUAUGUUGCCUUCAAGAACAUACAGUAAUUUUUUGAAAACCACAACGUUGGGUGUCCAUUUGUUGAACUUUAGAGUAGUCGAGAUGAAAAUAGUUUCCAAGCGUUUGGUUUUUAGUAGUGCUAUUUCCAACACAAGGAAUCAAGUGGAAACAUGAAAAGUGGUGACUGCAAACCAAAUGAACACCUUUGGGGAAAAUUAAUGCAAGAAUGGUUUGCCAAGUUUACACUGUACCUUCAAGCAAAGCAUACAUAUCAGUGAAAUCUGGGGAGAAUCCAGGCAAAUCCAGAAUGUUCUUGUGUUCUUUAAAUGUAGCUGGAGUUGUAUUUUAGAAAGAGACUGAUUGGGGUAGUUAAUGAUUAUUGCUCUUCUCAAUGUUUCCUUUGAUGACAAACAAAAACUUUAGAAUGCAGUGCAUCCCCAACUUGUAGCCUGUUGCAACUUUCACACAUUUUUACCUACUUAGUGGAUGAUCAAGAUCAUUUUUAACGAGUUGCGCUUCCAUGGCUACAGCAAACUUAAGCAAUUAGAAAACCCAGGAGCCCCACCAAAGUUGGAUCUUCUUUAAAAAAAAAAAGCACACAACCAAUGCAGGAAGGCAGCAUUUUGGCUGCUAAUUCAAAACUGGAGCAGCCCCUGCCAACUUUGUCGUCUCUGCAGCGGUAUAUCAAAGCACACACAUGCACAGAUAAGGAAUCAACAGCUCUCCAGAUAUCUACACCAACCGUAGAAGACUGUUUUGACUGCCAGAUCAAAACCAGGAGCAGUCUCUUCCAAACGUUUUGUUGCCUCUGUGAAGGUCUAUCAAAGCACACAUGCACAAAUUUACAAAAACAAAUCUGCAGCUGUCCAAGAUCUUGACUGCCCACAUUUCUACACCAACCAGAGGUGGUUAGAAGGGGAAGAGCUGACUGAAAUGCACUGGUAGGAAACAAAAUACAGAGAAGAUCCCAUACAAAGUCAGACAUGGCUGACUUCUACCUAAAGAGGCCCAGUUGUGUGAGAAACACCUCUUUUCCAGGAUGUUCUUAUUUUGAGAUGUGUAUGUGUGUGUGUGUUUGGAGAAAUCUAAUAAGAUGGACUCAGCUGGUCAGCCAAAAACCAAAGGAUCUUAAAAUUGUCAAACAGUAAAAAUGUAUUUAUAAAAGUGCCACUGAGGAAUUAACAAAAAAGGACUAUGUUUAAGACCACCACUUCUCGGACAAAAAAAAAAACAUCUUGUGACUGAUUCUUUACGAAGCCUGUGUGAUUUUUUUCUGACCUCAGUGUGUCGAAGUGGGAGGCUCUGUGGGCGAUUUGGUGUGAUCCUCCAUGCUAUUUCCAUCGUCCUGGGUCUCUCCGGCUCUCGGCACACCAUCCACCCUUUUGUCUGGCUCUUGACUUACCAAUUUAUCUGCUUUGCACAAGCCUUGGAGAUGGUAGCUAGUUGCAUACAACAAACCCCAACUCCUGAGUGUGUAAUUGUUGAGGCACUCUUGUCUGUAUUAGUGUAGAUGUCCUCAGUGGAAGCUGUGGGCGCCCUUUUGCAAGCCUCAAAGAAAAGAGAAAAAAAAACGAUUAAGCAUAGCAACUAGUAAGCAUAAUGGACAUUAAGAGUAAUGGAGACUUAUUGGAUGUGAACCCCCACCACGGGAAAGAGCGACUGAAAGAUGGAGGCGCCCUCCGUACCUUUUGACCUCUGCCCUUUCUUUUGCCUUGACAACGUGCCCCACGUGGUGAUGUGAAUGUGUGAAGACCGCCCUAGGUCCACCUUGGGUCCUUUAUUGGCUUUUUAAGCGCAUGUAAAACGUAAACAAUUUAAGAAACUUAUUUAAAAAAAAAAAAAAAAAAUGAAAACAAGAAAAUAAGCCUUGCAAUGAUGAUGUGGAUGUGUUCUUUUGUCUUUCUUUUGCUUGGAAGAAUUGAGAUGGAGUAAGUGGAUUGUUCAUGCAAGAAAAGUUUUAACUUUCGUUUAAGGUGGAACCUUUAUCCAGUUCGGCUCCUGCAGGAUCUCAUUCCCACAGUUUUUUUGUGAAGUGGUAGAUGCUAAACAUACCAGAUAUUAUAUACCUUUGCAUGUUAACCUAUCUGGAUAGUAUGAAAUGGAACUGCCUUGCUCAAAGAUAUUUAUAUAGUUAUACAUCUACUAAGAGUCAAGUAAAGUCAUUUACAGCAUCUUCCACAACAAAUCAUCAGUGACAGCAGUGGUGUACCUUUGGGCAGAAAACGUAAUUCUAGCUUUUUCUUUGCUGAUAAUACAGAUUAUUUUGACCUAUUUCAUGAUUGUAAUGCUUCUGGUUUAAAAUGCCUCAAUAUAAUUUAGCAUUAAGUCCUGCUUUAAAUUCCAAGAUCCAUUUAUGAAAGGAAAUAUUCUAAUUUUAUCUUACAGAAUUAUCAGUUCCCCAUCACAGAAAGUGCUCCUUUGUUUACUGCCAUAACCAAGCUACUUACUCAUUUAAAUCAAAAUAGCUGCUGAGACUUAACAUUUAUAUUUUUUGACAUAUGAAAUCCAAGACAUUUUUCAUAAGCUUCAUUCUUCAGCAUUACAGAAGUCAUGUCUGCUGUUGCCUUUGAGAGGCUUUUUUAGAUGUAGUUUUUAGGGAAAACUUUGGCAAACAUCAGCCUUUGCAAAAAAAAAUUAUGUAAAUCUAUUUUCCAGUAAAGUUAAUACUCAAAUGCUGAAAUCUUUACUACAUAGCCAAUGUGUAAGUAACACAAGUAGAUCCUUAGGAGUAAAAUAAAAAACACAUUUAAAAUCCUCAGCUGACAUUGUGAAUCUGCCUCUCAGUGCAACAUCCUGUUUUCCAUUUCUUUUUGGCCUGUUUUUACGACAAAGAGUGUCUGCUUGAAGCCAAAAUGUGUUGCCAAGAGCAAAGAUAAAGUUUCCACCUUCAAACGUUUUGUAGAAACCUAAAAUGUUCUCCUUGCUCAGUGUUAUAGCAGGUGUUACACAAACAUGCUAGAAAAGACUUUUACUAAAACCUAUUUGAAAGAGAAAGAGUAUCAUAUUGAGAGUAAAAACGAAACCCGGGGGAUUUAAGGCAAGCUUCUCUAACUUUGUUAUAAUUGUAUACCUGUGUAUGUAAAUAUAAUGCAUUCCUAUUUUGCAGUCAAGAACAAAAUACUAUUUGUAAUAUAGAAUAAACUUUAUUAUGAAACC